GCACACUCGCCGGACGCAUCGCCGUGCGGAUCCGUACCGAACAUUCAGUAGAUAAGUUACCAGCGGACGACCAACGCUCUAACAGUCCCGGAAAUGGGGCAACGUGUUUCCAGAACGGAUUUCGAGUGGGUGUACGAUGAUCAGCCGCACACUCGCCGUCGGGAGGAAAUGGUGAAGAAGUAUCCGCAGAUCAAGAAGCUGUUCGGACCGGACCCACGCUUCAAGUAUAUCGUGUCGGCCAUGGUUUUAACGCAAAUCGUGAGUUUAUAUGUGAUGCAAAACCAGAGCUGGCCCAUGAUUGUACUAGUGGCGUACUGUUUCGGUGGCGUUAUCAACCAUUCGCUGAUGCUUGCGAAUCACGAAAUAUCACACAACAUGGCGUUCGGUUACGGCAAACCGCUAGCGAAUCGGUACUUUGGAAUGUGGUGCAAUCUGCCGAUCGGUGUGCCCAUGUCAGUGUCGUUCAAAAAGUACCACAACUUGCACCAUCGCCACCUGGCUGACGAUGAUCUGGAUCCGGAUGUACCGACGCUGCUGGAGGCGAAGCUUUUCUGCACCACGCUUGGCAAAUUUAUCUGGGUUUGUUUGCAGCCGUUUUUCUACGGAUUGAGACCGCUGUUCGUGAACCCACUGCCCGUGACGAGGCUGGAGAUCAUCAACACGAUCGUGCAGCUCUCAUUCGAUGCUCUGGUUGUGAUUUGUUUCGGCUGGCGCAUGCUCGCCUAUCUGCUGAUCGGUUCUGUGCUGGCGAUGGGAUUGCACCCGGUGGCCGGUCACUUCAUUGCCGAACACUACAUGUUUGCGAAGGGAUUCGAGACGUACUCGUACUACGGACCGCUCAACUGGAUCACCUUCAACGUUGGUUACCACAAUGAGCAUCACGAUUUCCCGGCCAUCCCCGGGAGCUUGUUGCCGGAAUUGAAAAAAAUUGCGCCGGAAUAUUAUGAAACCAUGCCACAGCACACGUCCUGGGUGCGAGUGCUGUACGACUUCAUCACCGAUCCCGCCGUCGGACCGUACGCCAGGAUCAAGCGAAAAAGUCUCGACAAACCCAAACCAUCGGCAGCUGCAAAGUCGGCCAUUUCAUCGAAUGAUUCAUGGAAAAGCAGUCCGGCAGUGGAGCAGAAAAAAAGAUUAAGCUCGACCGCAUGACGAUCUUAUCGCUGCGCUCCGCUCCACACUGUGCGUAAUCGAUAGGGUGUGCCUGAAAGUGGAAAAAAUAGAAGACGUACAACCGUACAACAAUCCAAUCACCAUAAAAAAAACUUAUCAGCGCGAUAAAGAACGAUGAGUCGGGGAAGGAUGGGUAAACGAAGCCGUGUGUAUUAGAUAACGCUGGCUAGGUGAAUCGGCCAGAAUGGGGAGUACGUGACCGUGGUAGGGGCCUGGGAUACGUGAUAAACGGGGUGCGAAGCUGAAAAAAUUCCCCAAAAGAGAGUGAAGCAUGCAAAUAAAUGUAGAGCCCAAUGCCUUAUUGUACGAUUCCGAAUGAAAUAAAUGGACCAAAAAAGGGCUAAAAACCCGUUGGAUUUUUGAA